AUGACCGAGUUCUACCCAGCAGCAGCAGCAGCAGCAGCAGCAGCAGCACCAGCAGCAGCAACAGCAGCAGCAGCAGCAGGAACAGCAGCAAUAGCAGCAGCAGAAACAGCAGAACCAGCGGCCGACGCAGCGGCAGGAGCACACGAAUUGCAGCUGGCUUUAGUCGCUCAAGACACAGGUACCAAAGAGCAACAGCAGCAGCAGCAGCAGCAGCAGCAGCAGCAGCAGCAGCAGCAGCAGCUGCAGCAGCAGCAGCAGCAGCAGCAAGAUUUGGUUGCCAGCGAAACAGAAGAGGACAGGACGGACUUCGGAGCAGCAGGGCAGUACACAAGCAAACGGAUACUAAAGGCCAUGGGAAUGCAGCAGCAGCUGCAGCUGCAGCAGCAGCAGCAGCAGCAGCUGGAGCAGCAGCAGCAGCAGCAGCAGCAGCAAGGGAGCACUGCUGUGGAGCGAGAGGCAGCAGCAGUGAAGCAGCGGCGACCCCGCAGCAGCAGCAGAAGCACCAGCACCCCCACAGAGCGCAAACGACUUAAGAAGAGGCAGCAGCAGCAGCAGCAGCAGCAGCAGCAGCAGCAGCAGCAGCAGCAGCAGCAGCAGCAGGAGGUGGAAGUUGUGGGGGCCGAGGGAGAGGAAGCAGCAGCAGCAGCAGCAGCAGCAGAAGUGUUGAUCAACGAAAUUGAUGACCUGGAUAUAGAUGCAGCAGCAGAAGCCGCAGCACAAAAAAUCUGA